GAAGAGACGGCUGCACGCUCGUUGCGUUCUAGUAAAAUAACGUCACGCACGUCUGAUCGCCGUUUAAAAAUGUUUGCAGCUUUCUUAACACUCUGAGGACUGUCGCUGUAGUGUAGCGUGACAGUCGCGACGUAUGCGAGUGGACGAGGGCAAUUUUUCCUGCUCGUCUCUCCACCCCCCGCCUUUCUAUGAUCUCCAAAUCUUGGUAGGGAUUGCUGACAGCGGCGAUUGAAUUAGCGCUGCGGGACUGAAAGAGGCGGCAGUACAGCGUUAACCGCUGGGUAGCGGGGUUGCCAGUGUAUUCAAACAGACGCGCCGGCUCUUGUCUUCUUGAGUGACAGGCACGCAGAUCUGGAAAUGUUAUGUCAGAGUACAUCCGGCUGCAGACUCCAAAGUCCAUGACAGUUCUGUGGUUAGGACGCAGCCAAUAAAUGAAAAGGAAGUACAUAUAACUAGGCAGCCUGCAAAGACCUAACACAAAUGCCGUAAGAUCAAGAAACUUUGCCUCAUACCGAUUCCAAGACCUGUCCUCUCAAGCCGUUGUCCUGUGUCAGGAAGAUUGAAUGCACACUAACAGCCCCCGGGAAAGAACCAACAGAUUGCAUAUCAGCAAGAUAAUAGAAACCUACAGAUUAGAAAUUGUCAAGAUCUACUACCUUUGUCCUACUUCAAAAUUUAUUAGCUGCUGUUUCAAAAUGAAGAAAUGGCAUACGAGAACAUUACUGAAGAACAAGAUAACUGGCUGGGUUGAACACAAAGGAAAAGACAGGAUUCUUACUUUCCCCGUUUCUUCAUCUAAAAGAAAUCAGUGGAGCAGAUUAAUACAGACUUGUGUCUGGUGGUCCUUUUCCCUUUUUUUUAUUUUGCACAAAGGCUGUCUUCAAAGAAAGCACUGCAUUUAAUGAGCUGUGAGAUGAGGCCUUGCUGCUAACAAUCAGAGGACAGCGAAUUCAUCAUCCAUUCAUCGGGCUUGAUGUAUAUGUUUCUAUCCAGCACUCUCAGGGGAGCCUACCACGGAAUUCAAAACGGCUGCUGGGGAAAGACCAUCAGACAUGCCUACAGAAACACUACAGACAGAUAGCAUGGUCAAACCCACAGGUCAGACCACUACCUUUGCAUCGGCUGUCCCACUACGGAUACUAAACAAAGGGCCAGACUAUUUCCGUCGGCAGGCAGAACCCAAUCCUAAAAGACUGAGCGCAGUGGAGAGACUGGAAGCAGACAAGGCUAAAUACGUGAAGAGUCAAGAGGUGAUUAAUGCAAAGCAGGAACCCGUGAAACCCGCUGUCUUGGCCAAGCCACCAGUUUGUCAGGCGACAAAACGAGCAGGGAGCAGUCCAUCCUUGAAGGCCUCAAACAAUAACUCCAAGAGUGAUAGUAGUCUAAAAAGAGAGAAUUUAAACCUAGAAAUUCUGAAAAAUAUCAUAAACAGCUCAGAGGGUUCAUCCUCGGGGACAGUUCACAAACACAGUUCCAGAAGCUGGGCGCCACACAGAUCGGAAUCAACUGAGCUCAACAGGCGUUCUUUUGCUGAAUCUCUGAAGGUGUUCCCUACCCAAGGUCACUCAAGCCCACAUGGAAGCAAUCUAAACCUUAGUAAACGGCUAUUUGAAGAGCAGUCAAGUGAUUCAUCUUUGCAUGUUUCCCAUAGUUCAUCAGACAUUAGAAGAAUAUGCAAUGGAAAGCCAUUGAAAGCAACACCUAGUAGUAGUUCUGCUCCACCUCUUCCACCAAAACCCAGUUUUACAGCUUGUAAUACUCUAAAAUCUCCUGAGAAUGACUCUAUGGAGCCAGACAGUGCAGUAGGUCGGAGACCAUCAUUGCACAGGUCUAAAUCAGAUCUAAGUGAUAGAUAUGCCCGCGCCAGUGCUGACGUUGAACGAUUUUUUAACUACUGCGGACUGGAUCCUGAAGAACUUGAAAAUUUUGGUGUGGAGAACUUUACACGAGCAAACUCGGAUAUAAUCUCUCUCAACUUUCGCAGUGCAAGUAUGAUUAGUUCAGACUGUGACCAGUCAAGACACAGCAAUGAUGACUUAACAGAUGAUGAAGACGCUAAUGAGAGAGUGCCAUACGGCAUCUCUGCAGUCGAACGAAAUGCCAGGGUCAUCAAGUGGCUUUACAGCAUUAAGCAAGCUCGAGAAUCGCAAAAAGUGUCUCAUGUGUGAGAAAGGAGCUACAACCUUUUUAGUUUAUGUUUUUGUUUGGUUUCAUUUUAAUUUGUAUUUAGUCUGUGAAUGUUCUGUUUGUGGAAGGUUGUGAAGUCAGUUUAAGUUACACAUUUUUUAAUUGCUUUGCGUUAUGAGUACAGUGUCUAACAGAAACUGCAUGCUUGUCAAGAAGUAAGCUGAGUGAGCUUUUCCCAAAAAAAAAAAGUUAUAUGGGAAUGGAGACAGCAGUUUUGGCCUAAUAUGGGUUUGAAAAUAGGACCAACCAAAUUAAAAAAAUAAAGAAAUGUUAAGAUUACAGCUCCACUAGCUACAACGUUAGGCCAUUUACCAUGACACUUGAGAUGCACAUAAUCAAAGCCAUAUCAGUGUAAUAGCAGUAGCUCAAACAAGAUGUAAUCAGCAGUAAAAUUAACCAGCGCUUGGCAGCACUGUCAGAUGUAUAUAAAGUUGUGGGCUGUGGAAGCAUGUUACAGUCCUAGUAAGUAGAAAACUCAACAACGUAGCUUUCUCAUGUCCAGUCUUGCACAGACCAUGUGGUAAACUCUGUAUCUUAUACUGUCAUCACCAUUUUCUGUCUUCCAUUUACUGUAGCUCUAUCAUCCUCUGCUCUGACUGACAGCGCUUGUGUGGUACUGUACAAUAGAAUGGAAGUCAAGUGAGUGACCUCAUUACAUGUAGUAUUUGUGGUUCACAUACCUUAGAGCACUGUUGAAACAUUUCAUCAGCUGUGGAAAACUAGAUUUUUUUUACUAUUAUUGUGUAAAUGCUGUAAGGAUUUGUAUAUACUUUGAAGUUGUUACCAAAAUCUGUAAAGCAGAGUCUGUUAUGCUAAUAAAUAGCUCUUGAUGCAA